AUGAGCGACGGCGGCGGGGGAAAUGGCGGCGGCAGAAUCACCACCGGGUACCCUCUCCCUCUCAAAAUCGUCUCAGAUAUCCUCUCCAGGCUUCCAAUCAAGUCCGUAGCCCGAUUCGAAGCCGUCUCCAAACCCUUCGCCGCCCUAAUCAAAUCCCCCGACUUUGUCUCCGCCCACCUCCGCCGCCACUCCCCCACCGGCUCGUCGUUCCUGAUCCGCCGCCUCGCGGACCCAACCGUCGGCGGUUUCCACUUCUCCCUGAUCGACGGCCGGGCCGCCGCGAUGGGCGAUAUUCCCAUCCCGUUCAUGGACAGCCUCAGUCGAUUCCCCAAAAUUGUGGGCUCCUGCUGCGGCCUCGUCUGUCUCGACAUCUCCAUGCGCCACGCCUCGGCGUUUCUUCUUUGGAACAUCGCCACUAGGAAAGUGGGGAGCGUUCCUAGGUCAAGGAUUUUCGUCGAGCGCCCGCCCUUUUGGAUGGUGGCAGUUGGGUUCGGGUCGAAUUGCGACAACAGCAACAUCAAGCUGGUGAGAAUCGUGUAUUUCAAGCGGAGGAUGGAGGAGUUGCCCCUUGUGAGGGCGGAGGUCUUUUCGUGGGGAUUGGGUCGGUGGAGUUUGAUUGAUGCAGAUGCGACCCAGGCGGCCCUGCAAUCGUGCUCCAUCACUGAGGGUCAGAAGGCUGUGGCUGCUAAUGGGGCAUUGCACUGGGUGGGCGUUGAAAUUGAGAAACCUUCCAUGAACAAGUACAUUGUCUCACUUGAUUUGGGUACUGAAGAGUUCAGCAGAGUUCCAACUCCUGAUUAUGGCAGUGAGUUUCCAACGUGUGUGCAAGUUAUGGGGUUUAAGGGUAUGAUUGGAUUGGCGGCUUACCCUGCCCAGUCUUUCAAACCAUCACCCUACAAGUUCAUCGAUCUCUGGACGCUGGACGACGGUAUUCGCUGGACUAAGAUUACUAGUUUGAGGCCGGAUUUUAUAGGCAUUGGGAUUCCUGUGGGGAUUCUGAAUGAUUCUGAGCUGAUAAUGAAGCGGGAAGAGGGGCAAUAUGUGCAUAUCAGCUCGUUUGAUGGAAAUGGCAGGGUUAAGUGGAACAUUCCGGUCUUCUCUGUGCCCGAGUUUGCCUGUGAAGUUUAUGGCUUUGUUGACAGCGUGUAUCCAGUAGCUCCAUUCGAGGAAGUUGAUGCUGCAGAGGGUUGA